UCAAAACAAACCAAAGGCACAGUUGAUAGAAUGAAAGAAGUGUCUUCACAAAAAUUAUAAUUCAAUCCCCACCACGAAGAGUAGCCUGCUUUCACCAUGGGCACCGCGAUGUUUGCCAGAGUUACAUUUUAUCCUACGUUACUGUACAAUGUGGUGAUGGAGAAGGUGAGCAGCCGGCGCUGGUACGACAGGAUAGACGACCACGUCAUACUGGGGGCUCUUCCAUUCCAAAGCAUGACGAAAAAGCUGAUAGAGGAAGAAAACAUAAAAGGUGUGGUCUCCAUGAACGAGACAUAUGAACUGAAGAUCUUCUCCAAUGAUGCCGAGAAAUGGCGCGAGUACGGUGUAGCCUUUCUGCAGCUAGCCACCACCGACAUCUUCGAGGCGCCAGACCAGGACAAACUCUACGAGGGCGUCACUUUUAUCAACAGAUUUCUCCCGUACGGCGGCAAGCUGUGCGGCGUGCCCGACCGCGGCCACGUGGGCAGCGGCAGCGUGUACGUGCACUGCAAGGCGGGCCGCACGCGCAGCGCCACGCUCGUCGGCUGCUACCUCAUGAUGAAAAACGGAUGGUCUCCGGAGCAGGCCGUGGAACACAUGCGGUCUAAACGACCUCACAUACUUCUGCACACGAAGCAGUGGCAGGCGCUCGAUAUAUUCCACCGGCGACAUGUUCUCACAGACACAAAUAAACCUACAUAAUUAUAAGUUCUACUACAUUCGUAGUUUCACUUGUUAAUUGUGACGGUGUAAAUU